GUUGGCUGGAGCUGUUGCCACGACAAGCAUUUUCUUAAGACAGCUCUGCUGUUGAGACCGUCCUAGGCUGGGGGUGGGGUGGGGGCACGAACUUCCUGGGGGACUAUCCCUCCGAAGACGGCGAGUCAGACACCCGCCCAGCUCCCUGCACCCAUUUUCUUCCAGGAAGGUCCUUCGCGUGGAAGGGCUAGGGAAGAAGACCCAGCCCACUCCCCCAGCUGUAGCGCAAAGGCCAGAGCGCAAAGCCAGCAUCGCUAGGUGGUUUGCCACACCGUGGAGAGCGGUGGGUGGUCACCCCACCCUACUCGGUCCAUGGAAACGCGGAGGGAGAGUCCCGCUUGGAGACACCUGAAUCUUUGCUAGAAAGAGAGAGACCUAGCUGUCAUCGUUAUCCAGGGAGCCCUCCUCUUUCACCUGACGACACUGCUCUACCAUCGCAGUUGCUGGUUGUUGCUAGGGUUGCCUCCAUGGUAACAUGCUUAUCCCGUUUACACUUCUAUAUGGACAAGUAGUCUAAGCUAGGAACCUUCCUACUCUGGACAACUAUUUUCAUCAUCACCUAGAGGACAACAAUCAGCGUGACGCCAAGUCCCCUUUCUACUAAGUUCCCCUAACCUCUUCCUCCUCUCACUAGUAGACUUGAUACAGAAAGGAAGAUCUAGGCUUGGUGUUGCUACUCUGAAGCUUACUGCACAAGAUAUUGCCAAUUUAUCCCCUAACUGGGCUCCCAGCGAAGAAAGAAGAGGGAAGAAACAGGGAAGAGAAGGCAAGAGACACUGAUCAGUUGGAGGGAAACUCUACAUCUUCUCUGAGAGUCUGGUAACGGCAGGCAAAAUGACGAACCCAUCAGGACAUAGCUUGGGGAGGGACUUGGUAGGUGAGAACUAUGAAGGGGAGUUUGGCUGCACAUUAAUGGACCUGAGAAAGCUCAUGGAGCUUCGUUCGACCGACGCAGUCACCCAGAUCAAUACCCACUAUGGAGGUGUACAGGACAUCUGCGCCAGACUGAAAACCUCCCCUGUAGAAGGUCUAUCUGGGAACCCUUUAGAUCUGGAGAAGCGUAGACUUGUUUUUGGACAGAACUUGAUACCUCCAAAAAAGCCCAAGACCUUCUUAGAAUUAGUGUGGGAAGCCCUGCAGGAUGUCACUCUCAUCAUCCUGGAGAUCGCAGCCAUCAUCUCCCUGGUCCUGUCCUUCUAUCGACCCCCUGGCGGAGAUAAUGAAAUGUGUGGUCAGGCUUCAGGUAGCCCAGAUGAAGAGGAAGAAGCAGAAACCGGCUGGAUUGAGGGUGCGGCCAUCCUUACCUCAGUGAUCAUUGUGGUGUUAGUGACAGCCUUCAAUGACUGGAGCAAGGAGAAACAGUUCCGGGGGCUGCAGAGCCGCAUUGAGCUCGAGCAGAAAUUCUGUAUUAUCCGGAAUGGCCAGCUCAUCCAACUCCCAGUGGCUGAGAUUGUGGUGGGAGAUAUUGCCCAGAUCAAAUACGGUGACCUGCUGCCUGCAGAUGGAAUCCUAAUCCAGGGGAAUGACCUGAAGAUUGAUGAGAGCUCUCUGACAGGAGAAUCAGAUCAUGUCAAGAAGUCUCUGGACAAAGACCCCAUGUUGCUCUCAGGGACUCACGUGAUGGAAGGUUCUGGCCGGAUGGUGGUGACUGCCGUGGGGAUCAACUCCCAGACUGGAAUCAUCUUCACCCUCUUAGGGGCCAGUGAUGAGGAGGAGGAGGAUAAGAAGAAGAAAGGUAAAAAACAAGGAGUCUCUGAAAAUCGCAACAAAGCAAAGACCCAAGAUGGAGUGGCCUUGGAAAUCCAGCCACUCAACAGCCAGGAGGGCAUCGACAGCGAGGAAAAGGAGAAGAAGAUAAUCAAGUUGCCCAAGAAGGAGAAGUCAGUGCUGCAGGGCAAGCUCACACGCCUGGCCGUGCAGAUCGGGAAGGCGGGUCUGAUCAUGUCUGCCCUCACUGUUAUCAUCUUGAUUCUGUACUUUGUGGUUGACAAUUUCGUGAUACAGCACAGAGCAUGGCUCCCCGAGUGUACUCCCGUCUACAUCCAGUAUUUCGUCAAGUUCUUCAUCAUCGGCGUCACUGUCUUGGUGGUGGCUGUGCCUGAGGGCCUGCCGCUGGCUGUCACCAUCUCACUGGCGUACUCUGUGAAGAAAAUGAUGAAGGACAACAACUUGGUACGGCACUUGGAUGCUUGUGAGACCAUGGGCAAUGCCACAGCCAUUUGCUCUGAUAAGACAGGAACACUGACCAUGAACCGCAUGACAGUGGUACAGGCUUACAUUGGGAACACUCAUUACCGCCAGAUCCCGAGCCCCGACGUCUUACAACCCAAGGUUCUGGACCUCAUAGUCAAUGGCAUUUCUAUUAACAGUGCUUAUACUUCUAAGAUUCUGUCUCCAGAAAAGGAGGGAGGCCUUCCCCGGCAGGUAGGCAACAAGACAGAGUGUGCCCUGCUGGGCUUUGUCACGGAUCUGAAGCAAGAUUACCAAGCAGUUCGCAAUGAGGUGCCCGAGGAGAAGCUCUUCAAAGUGUAUACCUUCAACUCAGUGCGCAAGUCCAUGAGCACCAUCAUCAGGAAGCCGGAAGGGGGCUUCCGCAUGUUCAGCAAAGGCGCCUCUGAGAUAAUACUGCGCAAGUGUAAUCGAAUCCUGGACAAGAACGGCGAAACCGUACCAUUUAGAAAUAAGGACAGAGACGAUAUGGUACACAACGUCAUUGAGCCCAUGGCCAGUGAAGGACUCCGGACUAUCUGCAUAGCUUACCGGGAUUUUGAUGACGCAGAGCCCUCAUGGGACAAUGAGAAUGAAAUCCUCACUGAGCUGACGUGCAUUGCCGUGGUGGGCAUUGAGGACCCUGUGCGCCCAGAGGUACCAGAUGCAAUUAGCAAAUGCAGACGGGCUGGCAUUACUGUCAGGAUGGUGACAGGAGAUAAUGUCAACACGGCACGGGCCAUCGCCACCAAAUGUGGCAUUCUGACCCCCGGAGAUGACUUCUUGUGCUUAGAAGGCAAAGAAUUCAACAGGCUUAUCCGCAAUGAGAAGGGCGAGGUGGAACAAGAGAAGCUGGACAAGAUCUGGCCCAAGCUUCGGGUGCUGGCACGAUCAUCCCCCACGGACAAGCACACCCUGGUGAAAGGUAUCAUUGACAGCAUGGUUGGGGAACAGCGACAGGUCGUGGCUGUCACCGGUGAUGGGACAAAUGAUGGACCUGCUCUAAAGAAAGCAGAUGUUGGCUUCGCCAUGGGUAUUGCAGGCACAGAUGUGGCUAAGGAGGCAUCAGACAUCAUCCUGACCGAUGACAACUUCACCAGCAUCGUGAAGGCAGUGAUGUGGGGACGGAACGUCUACGACAGCAUUUCCAAGUUCCUGCAGUUCCAACUAACAGUCAAUGUGGUGGCUGUGAUCGUGGCGUUCACUGGAGCCUGUAUCACUCAGGAUUCUCCACUGAAAGCCGUGCAGAUGCUGUGGGUUAACCUGAUCAUGGACACUUUUGCUUCACUGGCCCUGGCCACGGAGCCCCCUACCGAGUCUCUGUUGAGGCGUCGCCCCUACGGGAGAAACAAGCCCUUGAUCUCACGCACUAUGAUGAAGAACAUCUUGGGCCACGCAGUGUAUCAGCUCACCGUCGUCUUUGUCCUCGUCUUUGCCGGCGAUACACUGUUCGACAUUGAUAGUGGCAGGAAGGCGCCUCUCCAUUCCCCACCCAGCCAGCACUACACCAUUGUCUUCAACACCUUUGUGCUGAUGCAGCUCUUCAACGAGAUCAACUCCCGCAAGAUCCACGGCGAGAAGAACGUCUUUGCGGGUAUCUACCGCAACAUCAUCUUCUGCUCCGUGGUUUUAGGCACGUUCUUCUGCCAGAUUCUCAUCGUGGAAUUUGGGGGUAAGCCCUUCAGCUGUACGAACCUCAGCAUGGAGCAGUGGAUGUGGUGUCUCUUCAUAGGGAUUGGAGAACUUCUGUGGGGUCAGGUCAUCUCGGCCAUACCUACCCAGUCUCUGAAGUUCCUGAAGGAGGCUGGGCAUGGCGCUGCCAAGGAGGAGAUCACCAAGGAUGCCGAGGGGCUGGAGGAGAUUGAUCUUGCUGAGAUGGAGCUGCGCAGGGGCCAGGUGCUCUGGGUCCGUGGCCUGAACCGGAUUCAGACUCAGAUCCAAGUGGUCAAAAUGUUCCAUAGUUUCCGUGGAGCCCUUCAAAAAUCCAGGAACGAAAACUCCAUUCACCACUUCAUGGCCCAACCUGGAUACAGUGCAGAUGAUGAACCUCUACCGUCCUUCAUAGAUGAUCACAAGGAAGACCAAGGAUUGGUUCCUAAGUCGGGGACUAAGGUGCUCCUAUUGGAUGGUGAGGCCACUCCUAAUGACAACAGGAACAACAAUGCUGUGGAUGGCAACCAAGUGCAAACCAUCGCCUCCCGUGCCGACAGCCCUCUGCAAAGCCUAGAGACAUCAGUCUGAACUUCCGGUCUCUGAUUCCCGCCCCUGCUUUCCCUGUUUCUUUUCUCACCCAUCCCGCCUAGGAGGUGAUGAUGGGACUUUGUCACCGUUACGUCAGCCACUCCUGAGUGUGUGAGAACCCCCCACCUGGCCACGAAGAAAUAAGAACACAGACUGACAAGGAUUCGGCCAAACCCUGGGCAGGGAGCGGUAGAUCUACUCCUUAGUUGUAACAGUUGUUCUUUUUAAAGGAAUGAUGACAAUCCUCCCGGCAUCACCCAACCCAAAGUUUCCACGGUGUUCCCACCUGUGUCACCACCUCCUGACUUGGAGAGCUUAGGAGUUUCUGCCAUUUACAAGCUAAAUCGUGAGCUCAGGGAGAGACAAAUACCCUGUGUUUGUGUUUCAGUAGACUGAUUAUUCUUAGAACAUUUUUUCCUGUUUUGAAAAUGUACACCCUAAGGCCACUAGCUCUUCCUACCCCUCGGUCUGACCUCCCCAAGGUGCUUUGGUUCUUAUAUGACCCUUAUCAUCCUUCCUCUUACUCUUUUUAUUUUUUCCUCCAAGUUGUGGUAAUUAAGAGAACGGAAAGGACAUGGACAAGUUGAGUCAACUUUGGCCCCUUUUAACCCCAAUAGAACCUUUCAUUUUGUUCUAGAGGCAGACAGAUUUCUUUUCUAAAAUGGUCUUUUUGGAGUAAAUGAGCUGGUGAAAUAUUUCCCUAUUUUCACCAGGUCAGCUCCGACUUCCGAAUGUCCAUCUCUCUCUUUGGGUGUGUAGGGAGUUUUAAGUGCCAGGGAAAUCAGCCGUGAGCAUGAAGGUUUCUUGUGUAUAAUAUAUAGUCUUUACCAUGGGCCUGAGCUUCCUCCUUGCCUAAGGUAGUAACCAAAGAGUGAAUGGGGCAUGACCUUGCCUCCUAGCUGGAUGAGGAGUUUUGGGACCAACAUGGGACAGGCCUAGGACCAGAAAUCACGGAAGCAGACUAUUUUCAAGAGUAUUUGCCAAGGCUCUCCCAGGGCAGAAGCUGACUGUUGGAGGAAUGAGUAUUAAGAAACCUUGGAAGGGGCUAAAGAACCAAUCCAUUGGGAUCUAAGAAACCUCCCCUCAGGUUAGGCACCUGAGUACCAGCUUGGACAUUCUCUUCUCUUUCCUAUUUCUAUGCUUUGUUGUGUCCCACAAUAUUUUCCACCUCUAAAGGAGACCCCCCCCAACUUUUGCAAAUAUUCCAAUGUUGAAAAUACACAUCCGAAAGAGGAGGCUCCCUGACAGUUUUCUCAUUCAAGGAGCAAAGGCCCAGAAAGCACCUGCCUCCUCUCUCCUGGCUUUCACACUCCUGUUUUCCAGCCUCCAGCAGUGAGCGUCUCCACUGCUGCCCGGGGAAAGCCCGUGCCUUUUUCCCCAGAACACUGCCCAAUGCAUCCUCUGCCUGCCCACCUCUCAGGAGCUGGGAACUUCACCAAAAGGGACUUCACCUUACUGGGACAAGGUGGAGGCACAUCCCGGGUGCUCCAUUUGUAUCCCUGUUCUGCUGAUUUAAGCAUUUUGUGCAGGUGGACCAAAUUUAUGUCCCCAAGUCCCAUCUCCCAUUAGAUCAGUGAAGCCUGCCUCCCACCUUCGAGGGUGAUGGAUGUAGAGGAGGAUGCGUGAGGCUCGUGAGAACUGCCAGGCUUCCACUCGGGAGAGAAAGGCAAGAGGAACCUGUCCACUCCUAGCCUUUCUUCUAGAGAUCUUCCCCCAUCUCCACUUUUCAACCAAACUGCCAAGGUAGGGUGGGUGAAGAAGCAGCCACCAUUCCACACCCAUUGCAGCGUAAUCCAUCAUUACAGGCAACAGGGAGAAGGCUUUGACUGGGGUUUUGUAAAGCUGAUACACGCCAGCAGUCUUUCCUCGUGGGGAACAAACAGCUCACUGGAGUUGUUAAUUAUUCACACACACAAACAGACACACACACUCUCUUAAGUACAUUAGAAGAUUUGAUUCUGCCAACUUUUUUAUUACCUCAGAUUGUUUUUACAAAAGCAAGCCAAUAACAAGCUUCGAAGGCCAUUUUACCACCCUUGCUCCCAAGAGACUUUUGUGGUGCCUGGCAGGUCACUCUUGAGGGCUUUAUGUCUACUUUUUCAAAGUCAAUAGCUUUGUGUGUGUGUGUGUGUGUGUGUGUGUGUGUGUGUUUAUGUGUGUGCGCGCACACAUGCACAUGUGUAUGUAUGUGCAUGUUCUAGUUUCCAUAGUAAGAGAGAAAAUAUAGAAAUAUUAUGCAAAAAAUAUAGUUUUCUUUAUAUCAAAAACUAAUAUUUUUGAGUCAGCCAUAUAUAUAUGCAUAUAUAUAUAUAUAUAUAUAUAUAUUGUUUAAAGAAUUUCAAAUAAAGUGCCGUCAUGGAACACCAUUGAGGGGAGCACAUGGCCAGCUGUUUGACAUGACAGGUGGUCACUAUAUUUAUAAUUGGUUUAAAAAAAUAAUAUACCUUACUUCCUUUCUCCGAACAGCCAUCUUUAUAUUUAAGAAAAAAAUUGUUGGGUUCUAGACUUUUUUAAUAUAAAUUUUGUUGAUAUGGAAUUGAGUAAGUUCAAGUGUUUCUGUGCAUAUAUUUUUAUGUGUUUUUCUAUUCAGUUUCAGUGAUCCAGAUGGCAGUGAGCAAAUAUGAUGGAAGUUAGUAACAGUUUCCCCUAAAUGGUGCUGUGGAUUUGAAAGCAGUCUGAUGGGGAGAAAGAGAAUAUAUCCUAGAGCCCCCUUUCGAUAAACCUAGAAAAAAAUGGGUAAGAACCUGCAGGUAGUGAGGGAAACACCCGGAGAGAGGCUUCUCAACUGUCAGGACAUGGAUGUCAGGACGUGGAUGUAUGCUGCCGUGGAGGAGUACCAGGCUUUUUGCUAACCAGAGGUGAGGGCCAUUGGGCUUCUGUGAGGAGUUAGCUGGCAGAGCGGUGUCAAUGACAGUCCCUCCUGGUCGGCAAGGGAACUGGUAUGGGGCUUGCUUUUCUUUAUGCUUCUUUGACUUCCCCUUCCCCCUAGAGUGACCCCAUUAGUGAGUUUUGUGCAUGAAUCUGAGUUGUGACGCCUUUCUGUUUUGUAUAAUACAGCAGAUGGGAGACUGAGCUCCAAAUGGAAACGAUAGGUACAGCGAUGGCUGCUUCCAGCUCUGUCCGACAGUUUGAGGACUAGGUCCAUCUCAACAAUCCUUCACUGUCCUUUAAAUUGCUUUUUUCAUCCCAAAGGAUGUAAGAGAAACCAAUUAGACCCCCUCUGGGCACUUAUAGAUUCCUCAAGUUUGGAUUUAUAUUUUCCUUCAAGCUUUAGGGGAUAGUUUCACCGAUCAAUUAGAGUGAUUAUCUCACUGCCAAAAAUCCAGAGGGGCACGCAAGCUUGAAUGCCUGGAUCCUCUCCUGUAUCCCCCAUUUCAUCCUCUCCUGUACCCCCCCACUUCUUCCCAUCCCUUGCUUUACAGUUGAAGCUACAUGUGGUACCAUCCUGUCUGUACAUUCAAUCACCUUCUGUGUCUAGUAUCCACCCCAUGGCACUGGUGUUGGGAGGGGGGAGCCCUUAUAAUGCCUGCUGUUCUAAAGCCAUCCCAGUCUCUUCUUCGGUAGACCAGAUACCCACCCUUCCUCCCAUUUGGCUCAGAGCCAGGACUCUUGCCUUCCCAGCUCUGCAGUUAGGCCUGCUGUCCCCUUUCUUCUUCUUGGGAGAGGCGGAGAGAGGUGAGCUCGCUGCAGCUGAAUUGGCCUUUGGUUUAUGUUUUCUCCCCAUAUGUAUAUAUGCCAUAUGUAAAUAUGCCAUAUAUAUGUGCCAACAAAUUGAUUUAUGCCAUCUUUUCUACGCUGCAUGCAGAUAGGAAGUUUGAGUUUCUUCUCAGUAACUAGUAUAAUGAGCACUGGUAUUUUUGUACAAAAGAAAAAGAAAAAAAAAACAGAAAAUUGACUGUUGUAGUCUGCAUGACAGACAUGAUAUCAAAGCAAUGUAUAUCCUAGCAUGCGUUGCCAUAGUUUGCAGUUCAGCUUAACAGUGCACCCAACCUGUAUUUGCAUUUGAUAUUAUUUAAGCUCUAUGUAUAAUGUUUUGCAUGUAUUUAUAUGGUUCUUGGGGGGGAUGCUAUAACUGACAAAUCUAUAAUGCAAAUGUAUCGUCCCACUGACCUGGGAAGAAGAGGAGUUUGAAAAUGGGUAAAUUUUUUGGAACCAAUAAAGCUUUUUGCUGAUGAGCAGAAACCAAUGCCAUGCACUGAGAAUAAAAACCCGUGCCCACUUGUAA